CUUGUUGAGCGCGGGCGGCACAUUGGUUAACAACAGCCUGUGGAAGAAGAAAUUAUGACUGAACCGUUUUCGCAAGGAUAAGACCUGUUUUUCAGUAGAAAACCCUAGAAUUGACACCGAAAGGUGGUUUGGAGAGGCAAACAAACGUUAAACACCGAACUCUAAAGCGUCCUGAGAAAUUGAUUGUGUAGGAGCUUCGCCUUGAACGACGCUGAAGGCUCUAUCAUCAAUCUCUCCAGGCGUUUGGCACCAAUAAAUCUGCCAGCUAUAGGACAGUUACACGAAACAAACGGCUUGGGUUACUUAGACAACAUUUUAUGAGCGGUGAGCACCUAUAUCACUGUAGCAUAUGGAUAUGGUGUGGACGGAUAGGGGCUGUGAAAAUUGAUGGGACUUGGUCCAAAAGUGCAACUGUUUGAUUGCGCCGGCUGGAACUGGGGCAGUGAAUGUUCCCAGUAAACUACGCAUGGACUUGUCAACAGAAAGACGAUCAACCAACGCAUCCUUUUGUUGUGGUAGAAAAAUUGUUCCACAUUGUAGCUUAUUGCAACAAUUAAAAAACAACCAUCAUUUAUGAGAAUUCAGGUGAGGUAUUUAAACUGGAUCCCAGUUCGUCUAAUUCGGGGAUCCUAUCGACUACGGAUUUGAUUCAUCGCUUUCAAAGACAACCCACUGCUCCCCUGAAAGGGACAAUAUGCCGUUCCACCAUGUGACGGCAGGGCUGCUGUACAAGGGGAACUAUCUGAGUCACUCUCUGUCUGAGGAUAACGACUGUGACCAGCUGGCCAGCAUCUCUGAGGAGGAGCUAAACGAGAUCCGGGAGGCAUUCAGGGUGUUGGACCGGGAUGGGAACGGGUUCAUCUCCAAGCAGGAGCUGGGCAUGGCCAUGAGGUCUCUGGGAUACAUGCCCAGUGAGGUGGAGCUGGCCAUCAUCAUGCAGAGACUAGACAUGGAUGGAGACGGGCAGGUAGACUUCGAUGAGUUCAUGACGAUCCUGGGACCCAAGCUCCUGUCUUCUGAAACCAGGGAGGGCUUCCUGGGGAGCACAAUAGACAGUAUAUUCUGGCAGUUUGACAUGCAGCGCAUCACCCUUGAGGAGCUGAAACACAUCCUGUUCCACGCCUUCAGAGACCAUCUGACCAUGAAGGACAUCGAGAACAUCAUCAUCAACGAGGAGGAGAGCCUCAACGAGAACUCGGGACACUGUCAGGCAGACUUUGAAGGAAUCCAUUCUAAAAAUAAGAACCGGCAGACGUGUGUGAGGAAGAGUCUGAUCUGCGCCUUUGCCAUGGCCUUCAUCAUCAGCGUAAUGCUCAUCGCGGCCAAUCAGAUGCUGCGGAACGGCCUGGAGUAGCCUCACCCAGCCACGCCCACUGUGAGCGGGAAAAACUAACCUGCAUGUGCAUGAUGAAAGUGGGUGAGGUCAUUUCCUGUUUCUUUAGAAAUAAAAAAAAAACUUCAAAAUGCCUCACUGAUGGUGACAAAAAAAACAGAAAACACUGAAUGAUAAACCAUCAGAUUUUUCUGAGUGGAUGACAGUCUGACGUCCACCGACACUGAGAAGCCAGCAUGAGGAGUCCAGCGAGACCCCUCAUAACCCCAUUACUCUGGCAGGGACAUUCAAGGGCUGACUUUCGCUUACUCUGCUGUCUCUGUUCCCUAAUGCAAUAAAGACACAAGUACAGGAGUUCAGUACUCUUCCUCUCUUCCCUACCCAGAGUCUUCAUAUGAAGGUACCUUGGAAUUCAAUUUGAACUUCUUGCCUCAGAAGGCAGAAUCAUGGUGGAUUGAGACAUGCCCUCAUUGUAUUUGUACAAGGCAGCAUCCUUGUGGAUUGAGACAUACCCUCAAUUGGAUCUGUGUGAGAGAGAAUGGAGCUGUGCCUCCUGCAGUGCAGAGAGCCUGAUUAGUUACAGGGCACACCCCUGCAGUCUGGCUACACACAUACACUCUUAUGCACGCAUCUACGCACGUACGUCCACACACACAAACACACACACACAAUAAUUGGCCUGUUAUUCUAGUUUCCUGAGGGCGGGUGGAAGCCAGCUCACCGCUGGAGCAUACAGCAAAGCUCUGGAUGCGACAGGCAUGAUGGUGCCGUCUGCUGUAAGGCUGUUGUUUAAGCUCUUCUAAAAGCUUUCAUCCAGAGUUCCGGAGUGAAAUCAGUGGGUAUUCCUGUGCCCAAAUUCCUCACUGUUACUGUAUCUGUGUACAUUCCCAGUGCUAAACAGAACAGUGUUUGAAAGACCAUAGCUGUGAAAUGUCUGGGCUGUACUGUACCUAUGAUCUAAUUCCUCUUGAGGUAGGUAUGCCUGAACUCCUGUAUUGUAUUGACACUCAUGGUAAUAUAUUAACCACCUACAGUUUUGCUGAAGACUGCUUGUAAUAGCUACAGUACUGCAUGUGAUCAAGUCUACGUCGAUAUGUAAAUAUGUAUGUAACCCAUGUUGUUGUUGUCUACGUGUAUAGGGUGACGGUGUUCUACUCUGUAUGUGCAUGAUUGUUGGUACACUCUACUCCUGCAGAUUUAGAGGUGGAGGGAAGGAGAGAGCACUGUGAAACCAGAGGCUGCUGCCUUCCAAAUCACAAUACACAGGCAGGCAGAUAGACAGACAGACACAAAGCUCUCUAUGUUCCCCUCACCCUCUGGCCAAAGCCAUAGAACUCAAUAGAGAUGUACUGACUGAAGAACACUAAAUGGUUGUUGUUGUUUUCCGUUACAAAUGUGUAUUUUCAGUAGGAACAGUCCAUCCUUUGUGCAUGUUGUUGGGUUCCUUCACCCACCCUUUUGCGCUGUACAAUCAUUUCCACCUAUCCCCAUGAGCAGAACGGAGAGUAGAAUCACAGACUGGUGUAAGAGCCCCAUCUAGAGGUUGGCUCAAAAAUUCUGAUAUUUUUUGUAACCGUGUGCUCCCCUAGCUCUGGUCCAAGGUUGGAAGGCCAAAAGGGCUUAUAUGAAAACCACACCACAAAUAUAAGUACAAAAAUAUAAGUUUGUUCAAUCAGUUAAACAAAGCAUAUUAAUUAUGAUUGUACAUGAUCAACUCAGUAUACAAGAAAAUGUGUGUGUGUGUGUGUGUGUGUGUGUGUGUGUGUGUGUGUGUGUGUGUGUGUGUGUGUGUGUGUGUGUGUGUGUGUGUGAGAGAGAAAGAAAGAGAGUGAGGCUACUUAGAGGGGAUUAUUGGAUAGUUUGGUUCAUCAGGCUGACCCCCAUUCUUCGCUUGAAGUUGAUGGCAAUGUGAAGAUAAGAAUUCCAGAGUAUAGUACCUCUGUAUCUGAUAGAGAAUUUACUAUGUGAGGAGGGUGGAUUAUUAUUAUUGUAGUGGCUUGUGUUAAAUAGAUGGAUUUCAGAAUUACCUGGAAGAAUCCAUUGAAGGGUUUACAUAAACUUUCUGGGAGGUAUGAGUAUUUGAAGAUGAAAGUGCAUAAUUGGCGUACAUUAAUGUCGUAAAUAGACAAGAUAUUGAGUUUCUUAAACAAAGGUGCAGAUGGAGUCAGAUAAUUAGAGGAUGUGGCUAGUCUUGCAAAAUAUUUUUGUAUGAUGAGUCAUUUGUGUAGGUAGGAGGCAUCAGGUGCAUUCGGAAAGUAUUCAGACCCUUUGACUUUUUUCACAUUUUGUUACGUUACAGACUUAUUCUAAAAUUGAUUAAAUUGUUUUGUUUUUUCCUCAUCAAUAUACACACGACCCCAUGAUG